AUGACAUAGAGCAUCAAUGCUGAUCUGCUACUGAGGAUAAGCACUCUAAAUUAAGAGUUUAAGUUGUUAGACACGAAAACUAAUUUCUUUAUCGAAUAAAUCUAAAGCGAAUUGUCACUCUAAAAAGAAGAAAAUGAAAGUAGUCGAUAAAUCUGUGAUCAGAAUACUAAAGUAUGAUUUCAUAUUACAUAGAGUGUUAGUGAGUUGAAGGAGCAUUUGGAUCAAUAGGUAGGGAAUCUUUAUAAGAAAUAUGAGGAAUAAGUUAAUGAUAAAAUCAUCUAAUUUGAAAGCAUUUAAAAAUAAAAAGAAAUUUCAGAAUAAAAUAGAAUAAUAGAAUUAGAGCAAAGAUUCAGCCAAUAUGAUGAAAUAAUUAAAGAAUUAGACAAGAAGUGGGAAUCAAAAUCUAAUGAUCGUUAUAUCGCUAGUAUAAUUCAAAAGAACUUGUUAACCAACCAGAAUAUAGGGUAGUUUAUAGUCGACAAAGUAUUGAAAUUGACCGAAGAGACUGUUCAAAACAAAAUGAUUGAAUAUCAAAAGUUAAUUGAUGAAAGAAUUACAAAUCAAUUUCAUUAAAUUUAAAACUUUCAAUGUCAAAUCAGAAAAUAUGAAUCUAAGUAUGAAGAGUUUCAGAGCCAUCUUAACAUUUCAAAAGAGUUUUAGGUUGAGUGUCAAAAGCAACAACAAAAAAAACUCUAAGCAUUAUAAAAUCAAAACACCUUAUUCAAGGAAGUCCUGUAACAAUAGGUUCAUAGGUAAUCAAUUAUAAUCUAAAUUAGCAUAAAGGAUUAGUAAGAACUCCUCAAAACCAAUAUGAAUGAUUUACGAGAAUAAAUGAUCAGUUAAUUUCAAGAUGCUUCAUAUCAAAAAAUCAACAAUAAUGAAUAAAUUAUGCAAAUUUUGGCUUAAGACCAAAAUACACUCAAGGAACUGGAAAGAAAGUAAGAGUAGAUCUUCAAAAAUGAAAAUUAAAUAAAGUAAAAAUUGGAAUAGAUGGAAUUCGAUUACUGUCAAUAACAUUAGGGAGCCUUAAAUUAAAUUGCCACCAUCGAUUGUGAAAUGAAAAACAUCAGAUCAUCAAUUAAUGGAAUACAUAAAUCUAUAAAUACUAUGCCGGUGAAUCCUUAACAAAUACAAGAAACUAAACAAAUUGAAAAACCUCAAGAAAAGUUUAGACCAUUGCUAAUUAGUAAAAAGAUUGAAAAGCAAUUCUGUUUAAAAGAUUAGAUCGGAUAAAUAGAAAUUCUAUUUCGACACAUUCAAUUACUUUUCGGCCACAUUUGUAAAACUUAUCGACACGAGCUAAAACUGGAAGCCCAGAAAUAGAAAUAAAAAGCAGAAUUAACAAGAAACAAUUCGAAUGAACAAAAAAAUCUUUCUGAUAACAUGAGUAGUCCAUAAUAUGUGUAAUAAUAUUUGUAAUAGUAACAACACGAAUAAUUAAAGCCUGACUAAAAAGGUGAUAAACUUUAACAAACAAUGUAAAAUCCUUAAAAUUAAUUAAAAAUUAAUAUCUAACCCUCAUUACAGAAUAAUGAAGAUGUCUUUGGAGACACUAAGAUAUAUUUGAACUCAUCUCAGAGACCUAUUCAUAUUUAAGGAAAAUGUAUGAACUGUUAUUUAAUUAGAACAUGGAAUGGAGGUUAGGCCUCAAGCUGAGAUGUAAUAUUUAUCUGCAAAAGUGAAAUAACUCUCAGGUUUGUUCUGCGAUUCAGAUUUCAGACAAUAACUAGUUGAAAAUAACCUAAGUUUUAGACCUGAAUCAGGAAAAAACAGAUUACCAAAGAUUACUUCAAAAAGCUUUCAUUUUUCAAAUGAUGAUGAGUGA